CGGCACGCGCAACACGUGCCCUCGAUCGCCGGCACCCGUCCUGUCUCUGCACCGCUUCAAUCGCAACCCUGGACUCAGCAGCGGCGACUCCUGGCCGACUCAUGGCCACCCAUGAUCGACCGGCUGUUCCACUCGAAGAAGAACACGACUAUGAAGCUCUCCCGCCAAACUUCUCCCUCACCGCGAACAUGCUCGCAGGCGCGUUCGCGGGCAUUGCCGAGCACUCGGUGAUGUACCCCGUUGACCUCCUGAAGACCAGGAUCCAAAUCAUCAAUCCCUCGCCGGGCGCCAUGUACAGCGGCAUAUCCAACGCCAUGGUCACCAUCUCGCGCGUGGAGGGCUUUCGGACCUUAUGGCGAGGCAUAUCGAGUGUUAUCAUGGGCGCAGGACCCGCGCAUGCCGUCUACUUUGCCUCGUACGAAGCCACCAAACACGCCCUGGGCGGAAACGAGGGCGGCAGCGAAGAGCACCAUCCUCUUGCAGCAGCUGCCAGCGGCGCGGCUGCGACCAUCUCCAGCGAUGCGCUGAUGAAUCCUUUUGACGUUAUUAAGCAGCGCAUGCAAAUGCACGGCUCCAUCUACAAGUCGGUACCCCACUGCGCGCGGGAGGUGUUCCGCACCGAGGGCAUUGGCGCAUUCUACGUCUCAUACCCGACCACACUGUGCAUGACCGUGCCCUUCACCGCAUUACAGUUCAUGGCAUACGAAUCCAUGUCCAAGGUCAUGAACCCCACCGGACGCUACGACCCCUACACACAUUGUUUCGCAGGAGGAGUUGCGGGUGGUUUUGCAGCGGGGCUUACCACGCCUCUGGACGUCAUCAAGACAUUGUUGCAAACGCGAGGAAAUGCUGCAGACGCCGAGCUCAGGAACGUGUCCGGACUAUGGCAGGCGGCCAAGAUUAUUCACCAAAGAGAAGGAUACGGAGGCUAUUUCCGAGGGCUGAAGCCCCGAAUCAUCACCACGAUGCCUAGCACGGCCAUUUGCUGGUCCGCAUACGAAAUGGCCAAGGCCUUUUUUAUUCGUCGGAGUACCGACCCGUCCACAUCCAUAUAA